GCUCGCACUCCCUCCGCUCCACAACGUUCGCGAUCGGUAUCAGACACAAGAAUGCAGAGACGCAAGCCCUGCUCCCCGAAGAAGCGCAGGGAGCAGCUCCGCCUCAAGCGCGCCGUCAAGCGUGGCGACAUCCCUCCUCCACCGCCAUCCAAACCAGAUCAGCACAGGAAAGGCCGCAAAGGACCCACAGGACAGUCCAUUGGCUCAACCACACGCGCCACCGCUGCAGAAUCCACCCGUCGCCUCGAGUCCUCGUUCGUGAAACUCCCCCCGGCAUUCCUGGAGAAAACAAGGGUUCUGGCUUACAAGCUCCCUCUCACACGUCCAAUUCCUCCCGAACUCGCGAUCCUCCCGGAUGUUGACAAACAGAUCACAAGCGCUGACGGCGGACGGACCGCUGGGGAGCUCACUUGCCCGCGGCGUCCGAAAUGGCGAUAUGACAUGUCCAAGAAGGAAGUCGAAGCGAACGAGGAAGGCCUCUUCAAGAAAUGGCUCGCACAGACUGACGCUGCGGUGAACGCGUGGUGCAACGCCAGCAGCGAUGAUGAUGCACCCCAGACCUCAUCUGUACCCGGCGCACCUGACAGAGUCUUGGACAGAAUACCAGAGGCGGCAACUGACGCGAUGCCCCGCGCCCCCACGUCGUACGAGCAUAACCUCGAAGUUUGGCGGCAGCUAUGGCGCGUCACGGAAAUCUCGCAGAUACUGCUAAUCCUCCUCGACUCGCGCUGCCCGAUCCUCCACUUUCCACCCGCGCUGCCCUCGUAUCUUUCCAGCCUUCCGCACGCGUCUCGGAUUCGAACGAUCUUGGUCCUCACCAAGGUCGAUAUCUCCGGCCCAGACCGCGUGGCGGCAUGGACAAAGCACCUCAACGCGCUCUACCCGGAUAUGCGCAUCGUACAGGUAGAAUCCUACGUGGAGAAGCAUGCGGGAGAAGGGUCCUCUAGCGGCAGAAAAAUGUACGCGCCCCACCUCCCGUCUGCAUUCCGGGAAACGCUGGUGAACGCGUUACGAGAAACGCAUGCCGAGCUACUCGAGCCGCCCCCGGAAAUCAAGAGCAAUCCUGAGCGACUCGCUCGCUGGAGGCCGAGGAUGAGAUCCUCAGUCGAUUGGGACGCCGUCCUCAGGGCACGUGGAGGGCAGGUUGGGACCGUGGUAGGUGGUGCGGCCGACCCAAAGCCUACCAAGCCGCCCCUAGAAAACGGAGUUGGUUCCGAGGGACACGAAGAGGACGACGACUCCGAUCCCGAAUUCUUGACUAUCGGGCUUAUUGGUCAGCCCAACGUGGGCAAGUCCUCGCUCUUGAAUGCUCUCUUCGGCACUCAGAAGGUCAGGGUUUCUCGGACGCCUGGGAAGACAAAGCAUUUCCAGACGCUCUUCUGGACCUCCGAGGUCCGGCUCGUAGACUGCCCUGGCCUGGUCAUACCGAACUAUGUCCCAAUGGAAACCCAGGUCCUGAGCGGGAUCCUCCCCAUCUCACGCGUCUCGGCCAUCCCCCUUUGCAUAUACCACGCCGCGCGCCUCAUCCCGCUCGAAAAGGUCCUCGGACUCGCUCACCCGAGCCCUCCCUCGGCCGCCCCCGAGGACAAGCGCACUUGGCGCGAAGACAUCUUUACCUGGAGAGAUGGUGAACCACCGAAAGCACAGCCGAAGGAGGUCGUAUGGACGGCGAUGGACAUCCUCACCGCGUACGCGAACAAGAAGGGCUGGAUGACCGCGCAGGCGGGGCGGCCAGACGUGAACCGCGCCGGGAACGCCAGUACGUGAACCUUCCUUGCUCAGAUCACCGCCGACAGCGAUCCGCUCACGUCCGGCUCUUCCUCGCAUGUCUUCGUGUGCAUUCACGACACGGUGCGACUUGUCGUUUUGGCUGAUCCAUGGACCGCGUCGAACCUUGUGACCAUCCCUCUCGCUAUCUCCCCGGUCGCAACUGCGCACUGCCGUCAAUUCUGUGUGUGGUUCCCCUUCCCUUCCGUUAUAGUUCUCGCCGCCAUCGCCGAUGGGAGGAUACGCUGGGCAUUCUGGCCGCCCGGCACGGAUCUCGAGACGAUCACCAAGCAUCAGGACAACGUCGGCGCGGGCAUCUGGAUCGCGCACGACCGCGGCAUGGACGAAGAGAGUGAUCGUGAGAGUGACGACGACGCGCAAGCGCGUCCGGCCGGGUCCGAGGACGAGGCCGGUUCAUCUUUCGACGGCAGUGCAGAAGAGGUCUCGGAAGGUGAGGAGGACCCUGCGACGGGGGGAGGGAUUCGGCACCAGAUUGCCAGCGAGGGCGGCAGAUUUCGGGCGCUGGUUCUGGACGAUCAGGACGACGACGAAGGAUCUUGAAGAGGAUCCCCUUUGCAAGCAAAUUUGAUGGCGCAUGCGGAGUGGCUAAACAUAUGUGCAAAGCAGGGAGCAGACCACUGUGUGUAUCAUAGAAUCCUUAUCUGUACUGUAGUGGCUCGGUUUGGGAUUAUCUGUAUGAAGCAAC